AUGCAACGCAACAUCGACCCCCCCUACCCCCUCCACCCGUCGUCCUUAUCUACCGACGGUAAGCAGGAUGCCGAGCUUGCGGCUAUCGCCCGUAACGAGCUCGCCUCCGAGUUGAGCCGGCUUAAGGCGCUCGAGCGGAAGCUCGCCGCCAGCCUGCAGCCGCAUUACGCCUUUACCGACCUGCCCUGCCUUAUCGAGUUCCGACCGGGCCCCGGCGGCCUCAAGGGGCGCUACUUUACCAACAGCCUCUUUAAGAUAUACAGGGCCCUCUGCGCGCGCUGCGGCUACCGCGCUAACGUACUUAAGUACAAGCUCGCCGAGGCCGCCGGCAACCAGUCCUCGCCGGCCGGCGAGCAGCCCCUGCAGGAGGCGGUACUCGAGGUGCUCGACGCCAGCGCUUACGACAUCUUCCGCACCGAGGCCGGCAUACAUUGCGUCCAGCGUAUCCCCUCGACCAAGAGCAAGGGUCGCGUCUAUACCUUGGCCGUUGCCGUCUGGGUACUGCCCUCGUUCCCCAAGACGGGCGCCGCCAGCUCCGACAACGUCGACGACCCGGAGAGCGACUUUUACCUGCAACCCGACGACGUCCGCAGUAAGACGAUGCGCGCCUGCGGCGCCGGCGGCCAGUACGUAAACAAGACGGAGAGCGCUAUCCGCAUAACGCAUGCGCCGACGGGUACCGUUGUGUCUAUGCAGGACCACUGGUCGCAGCAGCGCAACCGGGAAGCCGCCUGGAAGCAGGAGGCGGCCCGGCUGCGGAGCAGCAUCCUGAGCAAGGCGCAGAUAACGCGCGGCGACAAGAUACAGACGUAUAACUACAACCAGGACCGCUGCACCGACCACCGCGCCGGCCUUAACGUCCACAACCUGCCCGACGUACUCGACGGCGGUAAGACGCUGGACCGCGUUAUGGACGCCGCCGGGGAGUGGAUGGUCGGCUGGGACCUGGAGGCUAUUGUUGCCGAGGAGGAGGAGGCGAGGCAGAAGUAA